AAUGGAUACAGAAAAUUCCGAGAAAGAAUUUGCCUUUCUUUUGGAAAAAUUGAAACAUUUUGAAGAGUGCGCCGAAGAUUUUCCCCCAGAAAUUCGACCCUCCAAAAUGAUGGAAUUCGACGAUGUCGUCCCGAUUUCCGCCACCAAGGCUUACAACGUGGAGAAAUUGAAACAAAGAAUUAGGACUCUUUUGGACUUUCAUUUGGAGAAAGAACGAGAAUCGGACGGAAAAGACCCUUUGGACCUGUACAAAGAGGAAACUCGAGCGUUGAAACUAGUCUGAAUAUUGUAAAUAUUAAAAUCGAUUUUAAAUUAAAUCUGUACUUCGUACCGAACUGUACCAAGGAAAA